CCGGAAGAGGUAAACCUCCCGAACAGACGAAAGCGCAACAUGGCAGCGCACGCAGCGCAACGUGACGACCAGCUAUGUAAUGGUGAUGAUGAUGUGCCCGAGCUUUAUAACAGCGACGAUGAAGAGUGGAACUCAAUGGAGGAAGAAGGAUAUGAUCACGUGUCGGUGCCGUGUGUGUUCUGUGACAGGAAUCUCGGGUCGGUUGCUGAAACGUUACAACACUGUAAGGCAGACCACGGUGUGUACAUUCCAGAACUUGUCAAUAAACACAGCCUUGAUGAUUAUGGCUAUAUAAAGAUGAUAAACUACAUCAGAGGGAAUAAAUGUCCUGCGGAGACUUUGUUGAUGGUUCCAAAUGGCUCACUGCCGUGGGACAACGAUGAAUACAUGAAGCCAGUCCUGCCUGAUGACCCAUUACUGCAGAUCGAUGUGGAAGAACUAAGCGGGGCCACGGCCAUGAUGUUGAGCCCUUCGACUGACGAUCAAGCAUCUGGACUGCUUCACAGAGCCAGGCAAGCUGAAGACAGAGCUCAGAGAGCCGAAGAAGCUCUGGCUCAAGCCAUGGAAGAUCUGAACAAACUCAAAUUGAUGGCUCAAGGUCUAGUGCUAGACGCAGACACGAACCGUGGCCGUUCCAGCCUGGGCCCCGUCGCUGAGUUGAGAGAUGAUGAAGAUGAGGCGUACUUUAGCUCUUACGGGCAUUACAGCAUCCACGAAGAGAUGCUGAAGGACCGCGUGCGCACUGACAGCUAUCGAGACUUUAUGUAUAACAACAUGGAUGUCUUUAAAGACAAGGUGGUGCUUGACGUCGGCUGCGGUACGGGAAUCCUCUCCAUGUUCGCCGCCAAAGCGGGAGCCAGAAAGGUCAUCGCUGUCGACCAAUCAGAGAUCAUUUACCAGGCGAUUGACAUUGUCAGGUCAAAUCAACUCGAGGACACUAUCACACUGAUCAAGGGGAGAAUAGAGGAGAUAAACCUGCCUGUGGAAAAAGUGGACAUCAUUAUUUCAGAAUGGAUGGGUUACUUCUUGUUGUUCGAGUCGAUGCUGGACUCCGUGAUAUACGCGAGGGAUCGGUACCUCGCUCCUGAUGGUUUGGUCUUUCCAGAUCGCUGCAAUAUCAGCCUGGCGGCAGUGGGGGAUGUUCAGAAACACAAUGACCGUGUUGCUUUCUGGGAUGAUGUUUAUGGCUUCCACAUGACCUGUAUGAAGAAGGCUGUGUUGCCGGAGGCAGUAGUGGAGGUCCUGAAGCCCGAGACGGUCAUUUCGGAACCUGCAGUUAUAAAGACUAUUGACUGUGGUACUGUGACUGUGUCUGAAUUGGAGUUCAGUGUAGAUUUUACCCUGAAAAUAACGCUUGACACCUUCUGUACAGCAAUCGUAGGCUAUUUUGACAUUUUCUUUGACAUGCGCUGCAGAAACAAGGUUGAGUUUUCCACAUCUCCAAACUGCCCUAAGACCCACUGGAAACAAACCGUGUUUAUACUGGAGAGUCCAAUCUCUGUCAAAGCUGGAGAAGAACUUCAAGGUCAAAUCACUAUACAUAAAAACAUAAAGGACCCCAGAGCACUGAUGAUUACUCUGGAUCUUUCCGGUCGGAGGCAAACCUACAGCCUCCAGUAAGAGUUCAUCUUUUAUUUGGGAAGAACAGCAUAUGUGGAACAUACUAUUAAAAAGUAGAAGUUCUACAUAUAGAAAUGUUUUUGAAAAAUGACUGAGUUGGUUAACUUCUAAACCCAUUAUGUGGAUGGGUUAUUUGGCCUUGUCUUAUUAUUAUGUAAUUUCUCAAUAUAAUAAAAAAUGGCUGAAUA